UUGCAUAACGCACACCAUGGAGUAACGAGUAUAUGAAUUGUUUUAUUGAGUUUUAAAUGUUGUUAUUUCGUCUUUUUAACGCUAUAUUUUAUGGCUUUACGCAGUAUAGUCUUAAGUAAGUAUGUCAACAGACCAGGAAGUGCACGAGCUAUUUGGGUAAACCACACACGAUGUGGAAUUGGAAAAUAUUGCAAUCGUCCAUGGAAGAGCUCGGCUGGAGCGAAAGUUUUAGGAAGACGAAAUCCAUUUACAUGGUAUAAUGAGAUGCUUGACAAGUAUCCCAUAAGAACAAAGUGCAUUACUUCAGGAGUGCUAUAUGGCGUGGGAGACUACAUUGCCCAAAGAACCAUGGCCAACAAUGAAAAUAGUGUCAGUGAUAAGCGCCUUUUAAGAGCUGUCCUUUAUGGUUCAGUUAUAAUGGCUCCUCUUGCUCAUGUGCAUUUCAACUUUUUGGAAUGGUUGGUGGUAGAAAAGAUAGCUGCAAGAGCUUCCCUUGUUCCUUUUGUGAAAAUGUUCUUUGAUCAGUUUGGAUACUGGGCUCCAGCCAUAACUAUUGUGUAUCAUGUGAGUAUGGGAGCAAUGGAAGGCCUCAAUUACAAUGAAACAGUAGAGAGGCUAAAGGAACUCUAUUGGCCAACACUCAAGGCUUGCUGGAUGAUCUGGCCUAUAGUUAUGGUUGUAAAUUUUAAACUUAUUCCAGUGGCACAUCAGCUGAACUUCUGCCUCGCUGUUAGCCUCGUCUGGGCGACUAUUUUAAGUGUAAUUCGUGCACCAGACAGCUCGUCGUCAAGGAAAGUUAAAGAAAUUAAACCUGCGUGCGCAGAGGUUCGUCCUGUGCCAAAUUUACCAGUUGAUGGAGCCCAAUGAGACCUUUUGACGUCACAAGGAGAAGUGGCCAUUCCAUAUGGCCUCACACAUGAUGCCCGCGUUACAGAUGACAAAUUUUAAGCUCUAACCAGUAAUGAAAAACUUGUUGCGGUGAAAUUAACAAUGCCAGAAGUUGUAGAAAGUCAAUUUGAAUAUUUGCAUACCUUGGAUAGAUCAUAUAAUCUCCAGAGACAAGGGAAAACAAUGGUUUGACUGAAACCGCAAGCGCAAACAUGUGCAAAGCUUGCACAUGAGGAUUGAAAAGCUCAGUAUUGGAUACUUCAAAUCAAAAGUUGCCGAUGAACUGAAAUACUCAAAGUACUUGUUCCAAUGCUUUGAGUGAUCUAACCGUACUUGUAACGAGAUCAAAUGGUACUUCAUAAACCUUGAAAUCCCCUUCUUAGGAGGAGAAGUACCACAAAGGGGUGAGGGACGUAACUGACGUCUGCUCUGACGAAUAGAAGAGCUAAUGUCCGAAACAUCAGUACUGCACUACCAUUUCUAUAGCGUUUAACGAAUUUUUCAACUUCGUCUCGUGUUGUACUUUGACACCAAUAAACCACACAAUAAACUCGAAAAAAUAGUUACUGCACUACCAUUUCUACUGCGAAGAGAAGAGCUAAUGACCGAAACAUCACUGAGUACUGCACUACGAUUUCUACAGCGAAUAGAAGAGCUAAUGACCGAAACAUCAGUACUGCACUACCAUUUCUACAGCGUUUAACAAAUUUUUCAACCUCUUCUCAUGUUUUGCUUUGACACCAAUAAACCACAGUUUUUUUUUCA